AUGUCUGCUGCUGUCUUCUCCCCAUACCUGCCUGCUCUGGCACUCCUGCUGUGCCCAGUGUUUGAGGCUGCUGUGGGGACGUCCGCGGGGGAGAGGUGUGUGUACCUGGACGGUGCGCGGCAUCUGGACGCCGUGGGUCUCUCUCAGGACGGGGAUGUGGUCAUCGGAGCGCUCUUCAAUGCCUAUAUCUUGCCAGAGGCGCUUGACCUGAGCUUCACCAAAGAGCCUUACCUGCAGCCAUGCUCCGAUUUUCAGGAGAGUCCGGUGCAAUGGGCUCAGGCUGUUGUCUUUGCCGUGGAAGAGAUCAACCGCAACCCCUCUUUGCUGCCAGGGGUCCGCCUGGGCUAUCGCAUCAUAGACAGCUGCACGCGCCACCCGUUCACUCUGAGAGCAGCCAUGUCCAUGAUCAGUGGUGGCAACGGCACCUGCGAGACCACUAGACCGGUCAAGCUGAUCAUCGGAGACGUCUCGUCCACACAGUCCAUCAUUCUCUCCAAAAGUCUCAGCCCUCUGCAUGUGCCGAUGAUCAGCUAUCUGGCCACAUGUGCAUGUCUCAGUAACAGGCAUGAGUACCCCAACUUCUUCCGCACCAUCCCCAGCGAUGCGUACCAGGCGCGCACCAUGGCUCAGAUGGCCAAGCGCUUCGGCUGGACCUGGGUGGGCGCUGUGGUGGCGGACAAUGACUAUGGGCUCUUGGCUGUCCAGGUGUUUCAGGAGGAGACGAAAAACACCGGCAUCUGCCUGGCCUUUGUCAAGACCCUCUUCCGGGAGAAGCUAGCCAAGGACGUGGACCGUGCAGCAUCAGCUGUGCAGGCCUCAUCUGCUCGUGUGAUCCUGGUGUUCGCCUGGUACGUCGACGUGGAGGUCUUCCUCACUGAGCUUGUUCGUAGAAAUGUGACGGACCGCCAGUUCCUAGCCAGCGAGAUCUGGAGCACCAGUGGCCGUCUGCUUAGCAACCCUCAACUCUACACCAUAGCACAAGGCACACUGGGUGUGGCUAUCAGGAGUGCCCCCAUCCCAGGAUUUGAGAAGCAUCUGCGGCAGCUCCAUCCCUCCCGUUACCCUCAAGAUACCUUUCUUAGGGUGCUAUGGGAGAGAACGUUUGGCUGUAGCCCUUUACGGAACUCGUCGUCUGACUCUCAGAGUGGACCACCCCCCUGCAGUGGGACUGAAAGUCUGGAAGGGGUUCAGAAUGGUGUUACAGAUGUUUCCAACCUGCGGGUCACCUACAACGUAUACCUGGCUGUUUAUGCAGCCGCCUAUGCGCUUCACUCUCUGCUGGCCUGCACUGCACCUAACCGUUCUGAUCCCAGCCUGACCCCAGGAUGCUCUUCCCCAGACAACAUCACUACAGAGCAGCUCUUGGAGCACCUUAAAUUGGUAAACUUUACCACUCAACUCGGGGAGAAAUUCUAUUUUCAGGAUGGCGAGACUCCAGCGGUCUACGACCUAGUGAACUGGCAGAGAGGACCCAGGGGAACACUGCAGUAUGUCCCCAUCGGCCGAGUGGAGGGCUCUCAGCUCAUUAUUAAUGAGUCUGCUAUUAGCUGGCCAGGCGAUUCAAACAAGGUGCCUGUGUCUGUGUGCACUGCUGAAUGUUCUCCAGGCUCACGUAAAGCCAUAAAGAAGGGCCUGCCAGUGUGCUGCUUCGACUGCCUGCCCUGUGCUGAAGGUGAAUUCAGCAACAUCUCAGGCUCUUCCAAAUGUCACCGCUGUCCUCCGGAAUUCUGGACCAACAGUAUCCGGACAGCAUGUGUCCCACGUGAGGUUGAGUAUCUCUCCUUCAACGACACCAUGGGAAUCACUUUGACGACAGUUGCUGUGUUUGGUGCCGUGACUACAGCAGCCAUAGCUGUUGUUUUUGUGCACCACAGGCAGACUCCUAUUGUCAAGGCCAACAACUCAGAGCUGAGCUUUAUGCUCCUGCUGUCGCUCAAACUCUGCUUCCUGUGCUCGCUGGUGUUUGUAGGUAAACCCUCUCCAUGGUCGUGCCGGGUGCAGCAAGCAGCCUUUGGGAUCAGCUUUGUUCUCUGUAUCUCCUGCAUCCUGGUCAAAACCAUUGUGGUUCUAGUGGCCUUCCGUUCAGCAAGGCCUGGAUCUGCAGCCCUUAUGAAGUGGUUUGGACCAGGCCAGCAGAGAGGAAGUGUUCUGCUCUUUACCUGUGUCCAGGUGAUGAUCUGUGCUGUAUGGUUGUCUCUUAGUCCACCCUUACCUAAUCGCAACUUUGGUAUUCAAGGGUCAAAAGUCAUAAUAGAAUGUAUGGUAGGCUCAGUGGUGGGCUUCUCCCUGGUGCUGGGCUACAUUGGUCUGCUGGCUGCCAUCUGCUUUCUGUUGGCCUUCUUCGCCCGGAAGCUUCCAGACAAUUUCAACGAGGCCAAGUUCAUCACCUUCAGCAUGCUGAUCUUCUGUGCAGUGUGGAUUGCGUUUGUGCCAGCGUACAUCAGCUCUCCAGGAAAGUACAGUGUUGCUGUUGAGGUCUUUGCCAUCCUGGCCUCCAGUUUCGGCCUCCUGGUCUGCAUAUUUGCACCGAAAUGUUACAUAAUUUUACUGAAACCAGAAAACAACACCAAGAAGUUUCUCAUGGGGAAAACACAAUAG